AUGGUCUCCAUCAAAGCUCUCGCCUUCUACCUUGCCACCAUGGCCGUCGCCGUCUCAGCAGCUCCUGCCGCGGUCAAAUCUGUUACUACUGCCGAUAGCGUCAUCGCCGACAUCAACAGUAUCGAUGCUGAUGUCCUGGUCCUGACCGGUAGCCUCGACGCCGUCAAGGCUAAACAACUCGAUUCCUCUUCCGUGAAUGUCUACUUCACAUCCCUCCAUAUCGCAAAUCAGCAAGGAGUCACCGAUGCAGCCCUUGAGGCCCCAGCCAGCCCCGAGGAUUCCACCCGUGUUGUGGCCACCAUCGAGACGACCUUGUCUAUUGACAUCCCCAACGCUAUCGACGUCUUGAUAGCGAAGAAGGAAUUUUUCACAAGUGAUCAACAAACGCUUACUCUCGCGUGGUUGAUUGUCUUGCAGAAUGAUUACAAUACUUUCGGUGGACUCUUGGUUCAAAGAACCUCCGAGGAUGUGAUCCCCAGGGCUGCAGCUGCCGCUAAGCUUAUCGGUGAUGCAAUUACUGCUGGUAUCGCUUAUUACUCUUCUUAA